UGAUGGUACACAAAUUUCAAUCCAGUGUGGUGUGGUCAAUUCUCCAUAUCGUGAAGUCAAUCGAGAGCACAGUUUCUUCAGUUCUUCACAACACUGCUUCGCAUCUCGAAUUAUAUCUCUACCCUCGAUGGGUGUGUUUGAAUUUUGUAAUUUAGUGGUUGAGUAAUCAAGGGUCAUCUGUUGUUCUCCAAGCGUUAAUCUGUGCAGCCACUGACAUUCUAAUGUUUUGGUAAUUAUUUUCAUCACUGUGUUUUGACCUUUCUCUUUUAUUGACUUGAACAUUGAAAAACAAAGAACUUCUAAGAUUUGAGGCAAGAUUCUCUGAUCUACUAAAACUUCAGCAGAGUGGGAGGAAAGGAUGUAAAGCCAGCUAGAUUGAUCUUGUAAGGCCGCGAUAUCUAUGUGAAUUAAAGAUUGUUCCAAACUGGUGGUAUGACUUUUUUCGGUUGCUGUUCUGGAACAAUAGCAUCUCCCCCAAGGCAUCAAAUAGACAUUGAAGAAGAAGUUUCAAGCUGUCAGAAUGCUAAGAUAUACAGUUAUAGGGAAUUGCGGAUGGCAACUGAAGACUUCAGCCUCUCAAAUAUGAUUGGAAAAGGAGGGUUUGGAUCUGUGUACAAAGGGCGACUAAGAGAUGGAACUUUGACUGCGGUUAAAGUUCUCUCUGCUGAAUCCAAGCAAGGUGAUAAAGAAUUUUUGACAGAAAUAGUUGUUAUCUCUGGCUUAGAACAUGAAAAUUUGGUGAAAUUGUAUGGUUGUUGCCUUGAAGAGGAUGCUAGGAUCUUAGUAUAUGCCUAUAUGGAAAACAAUAGCCUCGCUCAAACUCUUCUUGGUCCGAGGCACAACUCCAUUCAGUUUAAUUGGAGGACCCGUGUGAAAAUAUGCAUGGGUGUGGCCCGGGGACUUGCGUUUCUCCAUGAAGAAGCACAACCUCGGAUUGUCCAUAGAGAUAUUAAAGCAAGCAACAUUCUUCUUGACAGAGACCUCAAUCCAAAAAUUGCUGAUUUUGGUCUUGCAAAGCUCUUCCCCAAUGAUGCGACUCAUAUCAGCACCCGUGUUGCAGGCACUCAAGGCUACUUGGCCCCGGAGUAUGCAAUGCUUUCCCGACUGACCAGGAAAGCGGAUGUUUAUAGUUUUGGCGUUCUCCUUUUAGAAAUUGUCAGUGGGAGAUGUCAUACCAACACACGUCUCCCAGUUGAUGAUCAAUAUCUUCUUGAAAGGGCUUGGAGAUUGUAUCAAAGAGGGGAGGUUGUUCAGGUGGUGGAUGCAUCACUAGGAGAAGACUUCAACAGUGUUGAAGCUUGUAGAUAUGUAAAAAUUGCUCUCUUGUGCACCCAAACGAUGCCCAAGAACCGUCCAUCAAUGUCAACCCUGCUGAAAAUGCUAACUGGGGACGUAGCCAUGGACGACUCGGUCAUAUCGGAACCGGGCUUGUUAACUGAACUAAUGAGUCUCAAGGGUCAAAAGAGAGAGAAAUUAUUUACACCAUCUAUUGGGUCCGGAAAUUCCUCUUCGUCAGGAAACAUGAUGAUGGCUACGUCACAGGCUACAAUGACUUUCUCCUCAUUCAAUGGUGUAAGGUGAUUUUUUUACUUCCAUUUCUUUUAUUCGUUUUAAUUGAUGAUGACGUUGAGUGUAGCUGAG